CGUCAUCAGCUGGUUUUUGCUUACGUUUUGGUGAUAAGCCACAACGAACACAAAAUCAUUCRUUUCACAAUAUUGAUGUCGGCCGCGGACCCCCACGGUAACGCGACAUUGUGACCGUGCUUCUGUGGUAGUUACUACUUUACUAGUUGGCUACUCGUACAACGCAUCAGAUUCUGUUCGCAGACCGCUCCUCCUAUCGAACCGAUGAGUGCGCUACUCUAGAGACCGAGACGGCUUUCGCACUGCAAAGUGCAAACGUACGCACGACACGUCGGCCAACUAGUCUGAGAAAAUGGACGAUGCCGAAAUGCGCAAAUUGAACGGUGUUAUUGAACACUACAAGAGACACAUCAGCAGGGCCACCGAAUCCAACGACAACCUAAAGAUAAUGAAUUGUAUAACUAAGCUUUCUCGACUUCCUAUCACUGUUCAAAAUUUACAAACCACUGGAAUUGGUCGAGUAGUCAACAACUUAAGAAAAUAUGAUGGCAUUAUUGGGGAAUCAGCCAAAACUUUAGUUAUUCAAUGGAAAAAUGUAGUAAAAAUUGAGGAAACCGAAAAUUUCUAUCAAAGAGAUGAUAACUCUGAUGAAGAACAUCAUGAUGUAUCAUCACCAAAAGAUAAUGAAGAAUUUAUCAACGAGUCAGAAAUAAUCAAUAAGAGUAACGAUGAUUUAAGUGACCAUGAAUCUUCUCACCAAAGAUAUCAUGAAAAAUCAAAGCAUAAAAAAAAUAAAAAAGAUAAGAGCAGUAAAAAACGAAAAGAAUCUUAUUCUACUUCAACAGAUGAUCAAGGAGAUGGACAUGUUUCAAAAAAAGUAAAAAAAGAUAAUAAGUAUGAAAGUGUCAAAAUUAAAAMAGAACCAGAAAUAGAUGAAAUUUCACAAAACGUUGCAACAACUUCUCAUAGAAAAAAUAAAAAUGGUUAUGAAGAAAGUACUAAGAAAGAGAAAAAAAGUUCACAUUCAGACAAAAAAAAAGAUAAGCAUAAAUCGUCUCAUAAAUCUGAAUCUAGAACUCACUCUCAUAAGGGCAAAAACGAAUCUAAGUCUGGUCAUAAGGAUAAAAGUGAUUCAAAAAAAAAUAUUAAGGAUAAAGUCAAAGAAGAAUUAAAGCCUUCAACUAGUAGUAGCAAAACUUUUGAAGAAGCUUUACUUGGUAUAGAAAUACCAGUCAAAAAGAAACAAACAAAAUCCAAGCAUAGAGACAGAUCAAGGUCUUCAGAGCRGGAUUUUAGUUCUAUGCCAACAAGUCCAUUGGCACCAUUUAAUUUAGAUCCAGAAGAAUUAAUUGCUAACUAUAAACCGUUAUCUCAAUUAGAUGUAAAGAAGAAAAAAAUGACGGAGGAUCUAGAUCCUUUAGCUAAAAUAAUGACAACWAAAAAUAUAAGGACAAAAGUGUACUCUGGAAAUAAGAGUACAAUCUACACUGAAGUUCCUAAAUUAGUUGAUUUCUGUAUCCAAACUAUUAAGGACAAUUUAGAUGCUCUGGAAUAUACUGGUGGAGUUCCGUUUAGUAUACUUGAGCCAAUAUUAAAACACGCUAGCCCUGAUCAACUGUAUAACUUAGAACAAUACAAUUACUAUUUGAUUGAAGAUACUGGAGGAUUAUGGGAGUACCAUUGCAAUAAAGAAUUUCGUAAUAAAGUUCCAGAUAAAAAUGAAUCAUGGAGAAAUUUUUAUAUACGUUGUCUAGAAGAACGUGAAACAAAAUUGGCCAAAUUACGGCAGAAUAUAAACGCAAAUCAAGCUGCAUCCACGCCUGUAAGAAAAACGCAACUAGCCUACGUAGACUCUGCCGUAAAACCACCUCGUGGCAUUGCUAAAAAACAGGCGAAAUUCCAAACAGCUUCCUCAGACAUAAAGCGUAAUAUCUUAAACAAAUCGAUGAUGGGAGAACAUUCAACUGCAGAAGCUAUGUCCGCCAAUAACAGAUCCACUGCCAUGGCUACCGGUGUACCAAUCGCCAUGACUUCUCCACAUACGUCGUCCAGUGCUAUGAAAAAGAAAAAAGCUCCUUUGAUGCAAAAGGCGUUACAACUCAUAAAAUCUUCACGCAGACGUUAAAUUACUGGAUAAUUUAAUUGGAAUAAUAGUAUUUCCCUACAAACAUCCAUACAUUUAUAUAUUUAAAAUAUAUAGGUACAGUUAAAUUUAAACGCAUGUAUCGCUCCUCAAAGGUUCUAAGAUUUGAAAACAUGUUAUCUGUGAUGAAUUGAAUUCUGAAUUUGUUUUAUUUUUAAUUCUUGAAUAGCAAUAAGAUUGCUUGAUGUGAACACGUUAUUCUAUUAUUGAUGUAAUUUUAAACACAGUYGUUGUAAUUCUAAUUAAUUAUUGUAAUACUAUACUAAGUAUAUUAUAAAUUAUUGAUCUUAUUUUCAAUACCCAUUACCUAGUCACAGUUAGGUAUCAAAUUUCCUGUUAUUAUGUAUACA